AUUAGAGCCGCGCUACAGACUAUCAGUCAAGCGUCCACUGAGUCGCUCGUAACACACAUCUUGGAGCUAUGCGAAGCUAAUACUGCUAUUGCAAAAGCUAUCUUAUCUCUUAGUAGAAAUUUUUGCGAAGGAAUUGGGCAACUCGAAACUCCAAUUGAGGACUUAGCAACGCCAGAAAACACUGACCUUGUAAGUUCUCAGGCUCAGCCUCCACCCAUCUUGAGAGACAACACAUGGCAAGAUUCGUCCCAGGGAACACUGCAGCAGUUCAGGUCUCGGCAUAGCCAACCAGAAAAUGCAAUUGUGAGGCUUGCACAGUACUGGGUUCAGAGAAGACUGGGAGGAACCAGUGUACUGAAU